AUGACUGGCAGGUGGAUUUGCCCGCCCAGUGGUGAUGGUGACUGUGUGCCGCUGAAGGACCAUCACAGUAACCGCCAGUGGAACUUGACGCAUUGGCACCUGGGUGUGCGUGGCCGGGCCGCGCUGCUUCAGAGCUUUGCACCCCCAGGAUAUGUGGACGUCAAGUUCACCAGCGCUGCGGGCAUGACAGAGGAGGUUCAGGAACUGCUCACGGAGAAGGGCUGGCUGGACCAGAACGAGCCGCCGAGCAUGCUGGAGAAGCAGUUCCGGGCCAAGUACCUGCUGGUCACUGACGACAGCGACCGCAUCUACUGGAUGGCGACAGGGAACUCCCUGCUCUUCAUGCCGGGCUCCUCCAUGCUGCGGGGCUGCGGCUUGCAAGCGCUGGAGCCCUGGACGCAUUUUGUGCCCUUGAAGCCGGACCUCUCCGACGCCCUGCAGCGCAUUGCUUGGGCCAGAGAGCACGACGAAGAG